CUAAUUACAAAAAAAAGUUCAAUCAAUCUUGACUAGGACAAACACGAUUCCACUUGCGCUUAGUUGAAUCUUCAUAUUCAUCGUUAAGGCAAUGAAAAAAACAGAGGAGAUCACCAAGAUCAAUAUUUCUUUGUCUUAUACAAUCAUAUGGGUUCUAUUUGUGAUCCCCACGAGUGUUUUAUCAGUUGAUGAGCGUCACAUAAAGUGCACUCCUGGGUUUAAAUGCGGCAAUCAUACAGAGCUCUAUUAUCCAUUCUGGACAGCUGAUAGAGAAGAGUGCGGUCACCCGGAUUUCAAGGUCAACUGCAGCGGAGAUCUUGCCGAGUUUAGUAUAUCCUCGGCGGUUAAGUUCCAAAUCCUUGAGAUGAACUAUGAGUCUCGUAUAAUAAGACUUGCCAGAAAGGAUUAUCUCAACAAUCUUUGUCCCGAGGACUCUGAGAGCGCACCAAUCAACCAAGAUGUUCUUCCAUUUUAUAAAGACACUGAAUUGCUAACUCUCUUCUACGACUGCCCUGUUCCAACUGUAGAUUUUCAUCUUGGUGAUCACAUUAGUCAGCUGCAGUGUGGGGAUGAUACUGAUGAGAAAAUUUACUUUAUGAGAAAAGAGAUCUCAUCUUCACAGGAGUUGGUUGGAGCAAAAGAGGUUAGGUCAUCCUGCAAAAAGACCAUCGAACUUCCAGUUUCUCGAUCUGAUCUGAAAACAGCAGAGAUAAAUCAGAGUCCGGAGACUAUAAAGAAAGCUCUUGGUAAAGGGUUCGAGCUUAGAUUCAACAGUGAUUGUUCCCGAUGCGUAAAAUCAAAGGGGGCUUGUGGAUAUAAUCAGCGCUCGAGAGAAUUCGUUUGCUAUUGUAUAAAUGAGCCACACAAGCAUUCUUGUGGAAAUAUGGGUCUCUCCAAAAAGGCGAAAAUAGGUAUCGGAUUCAGUUGUGGAUUACUGGGUGCAACUCUUAUUACCGGAUGUUUGUUUUGUUGCAUAAUCCCAAAGAGAGAAACUUCACAUCAUCCACGAUCAAGAGACCAUAACCUAAAGGCCUUAAUACAACUGAAGCAGUACAGUUAUGCAGAAGUAAGGAAAAUUACCAAAUCAUUUUCAAACACGGUCGGGAAAGGAGGAUUUGGAACUGUCUAUGGAGGAAACCUCUACGAUGGCCGUAAGGUUGCAGUGAAAAUAUUGAAGGAUUUUGAGAGUAAUGGUGAAGAUUUCAUCAACGAAGUGGCAAGCAUGAGCCAGACAUCACAUGUUAACAUUGUUUCUUUGCUUGGUUUUUGCUAUGAAGGGUCCAAAAGAGCAAUUGUGUAUGAGUUUUUAGAGAAUGGAUCUCUUGAUCAAUUCCUCUCUAAAAACAAGUCACUGAAUCUAGAGGUGAGUACCAUAUACAGAAUCGCACUAGGUGUUGCUCGGGGGCUUGAAUACUUACACCAUGGCUGCAAAACAAGGAUUGUGCAUUUUGACAUCAAACCUCAAAACAUACUAUUAGAUGAUAAUCUAUGCCCUAAAGUCUCCGACUUUGGCCUCGCCAAACUCUGCGAAAAAAGAGAAAGCAUCUUGUCCUUGUUAGAGGCGAGAGGAACUAUAGGUUACAUUGCACCGGAGGUGUUUUCAGGAAUGUAUGGCAGAGUCUCUCACAAGUCAGAUGUUUAUAGCUAUGGAAUGUUGGUCCUUGAGAUGAUCGGAGCAAAGAACAAAGUAACAGAAGAAACAGCAGGUUCCAACUCAAGUUCAGCUUACUUUCCAGAUUGGAUCUACAAGGAUCUUGAGAACGGAGAUCAUACAUGGAAAUUUGGUGAUGAUAUAUCUAGAGAGGAGAAAGAGACUGCAAAGAAGAUGACCCUGGUUGGUCUCUGGUGUAUACAACCAUGUCCAUUAAAUCGUCCACCGAUGAACAGAGUUGUUGAGAUGAUUGAAGGAAGUUUGGAUGCUCUUGAAGUCCCUCCUAAGCCUUCUUUACAUUUUUCUGCAGAACCUCUUCCAGAAUCUUCUUCGCUCUCAGAAGAGAAUUCAAACGACUCCGAGGUAUUUAUAUGAUACACAUGUCAAAAACCAUGCAAGAGAAACUAAUUUAAUAAAAUGGUUUGUAUUUUCAAAAUCUAAAAUGUUACUAAGUAUAUCUUUUUUA